CACACAGCUUCUCCUCCCUGGAUGAGUGCGCUCGCCCUCACACACGUUCAGAUUCUCCUCAGCAGCUGAUGAAGAAGCGUCUGCUCAUCCGUCCUUUAACCUUUUUGUUUGAGCAGCUAAACAUCUUUUCUCUUCUUUUCUUUCUGGAUUCAUCCUCAGGAAGUUUUCCUCUCGGAGCGUUUCGAUCGACCCGGAGCGAUGGGCCCUCGCACGGCAGUCACUGCUUCCAAGGAGGUGAAGGUGGGGAUGGGAGGGGCCCGGCUGAGGAGCAGCAGUGAUGGGAGCAGGUACAGCAGCAGAGAGCUCGGUCUCCGCGGCAACAACAACUCUUCAUCCUCGUCUUCAGUCCUCUCCAACCCCAAAUCAGUUCUGCAGAGGCCGGUGAGCACGGAGGAGCUGCAGCAGCCGGGGGGGCCGUACGUCAGGAGAACCUUUACUAUUGUGGGUGACGCGGUGGGUUGGGGGUUUGUGGUGAGAGGAAACAGACCCUGUCACAUCCAGGCUGUGGAGCCCUGUGGCCCAGCGGCUGCUGCAGGGAUGAAGGUCCGUCAGUUCGUGGUCUCGGUCAACGGGAACAAGGUCCUGGACCUGGACUACCGCAGCGUCAGCCACCUGAUCCUGACCGGACCCAGCACGGUGGUGAUGGAGGUGAUGGAGGAGACCGACCACGGAGGAGUGACAGAACUCUGAGAGCGUGACGGUUUGUGUGGCGUCUGGACUUUGAUGAAGCUGCCGCAUCUACACCUGGUAAUCAGAUUACUUCUUGAGGGCGUCAGAGAUGAAUUGAACCACGAAAAACACAACUGGAAAUAUAGUUGUGUUGUUGGUCACACGCAACCACUGCAUGAGAUGAAAGACAUCAUUGUGUGAGGCAGCUAGCAGCUAGCAGCUAGCAGCCGCUAGCAGCCGCUAGUUAACAUGGCCGGCCACCAGGGGGCGACGGUUUGGCUUCACCUAUGGGAGCCUUUAUGUCGUCCAUCUUUAUUUACAGUUGACGAACCAGUUUAACGUUGGAGCUGAAAAAAGAAGUGUUGUGACUUUUGUGAAUCUCUUUCUAACGAGGUUUAGUCGUUAAACUGACGUUUUUCUCGUCCAACAACGACUAAUAAGAAUAUUCAGUUUGUUUACUUGUUUAUUCUAAACAAGCUUAAAGCUCUUUUUUUGGUUUGAAAAUGUUUUUUCCCCAAAAAGUCACGAACCAAGUCCUCGUCUAUAUCAUGUCUAUGUUUCUACAGAUUUUCCCGUUUCUAAAUAUCUCUGUACAGGAAA